AUGAACAUUCACUUUUCUGCUACCAUGCAUCUGUGGAAACAGAUUUUGCUUAGUGCCCUUCCAUCUGCGCUGCCGUCGGCUCUGGGACAAAAUGUCAUUGAUCUGAGUGGCGAUGGCUGGACUGUUAGUAGUAGCGCGCUCAAUAUCAGCGUCCCUGGUCAUGUUCCGUCCCACGCGCAUUUGGACCUUUUGGCGGCGGGGGUUAUAGAUGAUCCAUACCACGGUCUGAACGAUUUCAACUUGCGGUGGAUUGCAAACAACAACUGGACAUAUACAAGCAAACCGAUUCAGGGAUUAUCAAACGAUGCGAAAGCUUCCUGGCUUGUUUUCAAUGGCCUCGACACUUUCACGACGAUCGAAUUCUGCGGGCAACAGAUAGCCACUACUGACAACCAGUUUCGACAAUAUACUUUUGACAUCUCGGAUGCUUUGAACAACUGCAAAGAAUCUCCGACCGUGUCUCUCAAUUUCGGGAGCUGUCCCAACAUUGCAAAUGCGAUUGCUGCCGAUCCAAACUCACAAAAAUGGCCACCCGGCAUUCAAGGUGUUUUCGAACUGCCAAAUCGCGAGUAUAUUCGCAAAGAACAAUCCGAUUUUGGAUGGGAUUGGGGCCCAGCGUUGUCGCCUGUUGGUCCGUGGCAGAAGGUCUACUUGAUUCAAUCCGAGUCCGAGACAAGUGCAUAUGUUUUAAACACCGGUUUUGACAUUUACCGAAAGGGCCAAAUCAAUCACAUUGCGCCUGAUCAGAGCCAGCCUUGGGUUGUUAAUGCGAGUAUCGAUUUUGUCGGCUCUCUCCCCGAAAGACCGUCCAUGGAUAUUGAAAUCAAGGAUAUCAAUUCUGGAGAAAUUCUCAAGUCCGGAACCCUCGACAAUGUAACUGUGGUUGGUCAAGCCAUCACAGGCCAAACGAUGGUCGAUGCAGAAGCACCUCGUCUCUGGUGGCCGACAGGAAUGGGGAACCAAAGCCUGUAUAACGUGACAGUGACAAUUCGAAACAAUGAACAGCACAUAGCGAGCGUUACCAAGCGUACCGGGUUCCGUACAAUUUUCCUCAAUCGAUCAAAUAUCACCGAGGAGCAAAUAUCCCGGGGUAUAGCACCAGGGGCAAAUUGGCACUUCGAAGUGAACGGUCGGGAAUUCUACGCGAAAGGUUCCAACAUUAUUCCACCGGAUGCCUUCUGGCCACGAGUCACCGAGGCCAAGAUGAAACGAUUGUUUGAUGCAGUUGUGGCUGGAAAUCAGAAUAUGCUCCGAGUCUGGUCCUCCAGCAUUUACCUUCCGGACUUUAUGUACGAUCUUGCUGACGAGCGAGGUGUGUUGCUUUGGAGCGAGUUCCAAUUUAGUGAUGCACUGUAUCCGACGGAUCAGCCAUUCCUUGAUAAUGUCGCUGCAGAAGUUGUCUAUAAUGUGAGAAGGGUCAAUCAUCAUCCAUCCCUGGCCUUGUGGGCAGGUGGAAAUGAGAUUGAAAGUUUGGAAUUGCCAACUGCGAAGAAGAAGGCGCCUGAUUCUUACGAUUUCUUGGUUGGUGAUUAUGAGCAUUUGUUCAUUACCCUGAUUCUACCUCUGGUCUAUGAGAAUUCGCGAUCAAUCUCAUACAUGCCCAGCAGUACGAACAAUGGCUUCUUGAAGGUGGAUCUUUCUGCCCCCGUUCCAAUGGUCGAACGAUACGACAACGGCACGGAUCAAGAAGGAUAUUAUUACGGGGAUACUGAUUACUACAAUUACGACAGCAGUGUGGCAUUCGACUUCGAAGGAUAUCCCGUUGGUCGUUUCGCAAACGAGUUCGGCUACCAUAGUAUGCCCAGUCUACAAACCUGGUGGCAAGCAGUGGACGAAGAAGACCUUCAUUUCAACAGUAGCACCAUUGUCCUUCGAAACCAUCACUAUCCUUCCAACGGCCCCGAUACCCACAACUUCAAAAACGCAUCUAUGGGCAUGGCCGAGAUGACCCUCGCAGUUGAACGAUACUACCCAAUUCCGAACAAGGACGAUUCGAUCGCGAAUUUUAGCGCAUGGUGCCAUGCGACACAGCUUUUCCAAGCAGACAUGUACAAAUCUGAAAUCCAAUUCUACCGUCGUGGCAGUGGGAUGCCAGAGCGCCAACUCGGAUCUCUGUACUGGCAACUGGAAGAUAUCUGGCAAGCGCCAACGUGGGCAGGCAUUGAGUAUGAUGGUCGCUGGAAAGUUCUGCACUACGCAGCACGCGACAUAUAUCAACCCAUCAUUGUCUCGCCAUUUUGGAACUCGUCGACGGGUGACCUCUCAGUCUACGUGACCUCUGAUCUUUGGGAGACUGCGCACGGGAAUGUGAGCUUCAAGUGGACAGAUCUCUCCGGGAAGCCGAUUCCCAACAAUGCAGGUACACCAGAGACUGAAAGCUUCUCGGUCGGUGCACUGAACACUACUUGCAUCUUUGACACCAAUAUCGCGAAGAUCUCCCUCCCCAGCGUCAAAAAUGCCGUACUCAUUAUCGAAUUGACUGCUCAAGGUCACCUCCCAAAUCAAGAGAAUGGAUCCUUGACUACACUCACUCACAGGAAUUACUUUACGCCCUCCUAUCCCAAGGACCUGGAGCUUAAAGAUCCCGAACUGCAAUUAUCCCAUGACGCCGAAUCUGAUACGUUCACAGUCGAGGCUAAGAGUGCCAUGUCACUGUAUACAUGGCUUGACUACCCUGCCGGGGUAGUAGGCUAUUUCGAGGACAACUCGUUUACAUUGGCGCCCGGGGAGAAGCGCACUCUUCGGUUUGUUGUGCAGAAAGAUGAGACUGGGGGACGAUGGGUUGAUGACGUCACCGUGCGAAGUCUGUGGGAUCAAACUACCAGCUGA